CGAAGUAGAAGAGAAGAAACGGACGAUCCGAAGAACUACUAAAACAACUUCACAGACACCUUCUCUCUAGAAAUUUUAAUUAAAAAAUAAAUAAAUAGUAGUACUAAUAAUAAAACAAAUAGUAGAAAUUUCCCCUCUUGUUUUCUUGGUUGAUUUCGCAGACUAAAUUUUUGAUUCCUUUUGCUGUUUGGGGAUUUUUAGAAGUGUAUGAUUCUAAUGACUGAUUAAAUGAAGAAGAUUUAGAUAAUAAAUAUAAAAGAGUGAUUUUGAAAGAGAAGGAGAAAUAAGAAGUGGGUUUUGGUUGAAUUUGGGAAAAUAUAUCUGUUUUUUUUUUUCUGGUUUGAUCAUGGCGGUCGUUGAAAAUGCUACUGUUGAUUUGGGGGUUAAUGGUUCAUCAAAUAGGAAUUUUGAAACACAAACAACACAGAAUUCUUCAAACGAUCUUGUUGAUCAAAACAACAAUCUAGGGAUUCGGAUGGUGGAUCCUAAUUUUCACUUGAAAGUUCAGCAAUUUCAUCAACAACAGCAGACUUACCCUGCUGCUGCUCACAUGAGCAACAACCAUAUGUCUCAGGUUCAUCAUCACAGUCUUGAUCAAGGAGAAAUUAAUAAUGGGGUUGGUUCGAUUAUUAUGACUAAUGGAAAUUCGGGUUAUGGAUUACAACAACAGAAUCAUCAACAACAAAAUGGUGUAGAUUUACAGAGAAAUGGUGAAGUAAGUGAAGGGUUUAAAAGGGAUAUGAGAGAUUUAGAGGAACUUCUCUCUAAGUUGAAUCCCAUGGCUGAAGAAUUUGUUCCUCCUUCACUAUCUAACAAUGGAUCAGUAGGAGGUGCUGGUUUUUACCCUAACAAUUUUGCCAUGCAUAGUAACAAUGGUAAUGGAAAUGGAAAUGUCAAUGGAAAUAUUAACAGAAGGAAGAAGAAUAACUUUAGCCAGGGAAAGCGCAGGAUGAAUAGUCGAACAAGUAUGGCGCAACGAGAAGAGAUAAUUAGGCGCACUGUAUAUGUAUCUGACAUUGAUCACCAGGUUACUGAAGAACAGCUUGCUGCUCUCUUCAUCAACUGUGGACAGGUUGUGGACUGUCGCAUUUGUGGUGAUCCUAACUCUGUUCUUCGCUUUGCUUUCAUUGAGUUCACUGACGAGGAUGGUGCAAGAGCUGCUUUGAGUUUAGCUGGGACAAUGCUCGGUUAUUACCCAGUAAGGGUUCUGCCUUCGAAAACUGCAAUUGCGCCAGUUAACCCAACAUUUUUGCCGAGGUCUGAAGAUGAGCGGGAGAUGUGUGCAAGAACCAUCUACUGCACAAACAUUGAUAAAAAGGUCUCUCAAGCAGAUGUUAAACUCUUUUUUGAAUCAAUAUGUGGAGAGGUUUACCGUUUGAGACUUCUCGGAGACUAUCACCAUUCUACUCGUAUUGCUUUUGUCGAGUUUAUAAUGGCUGAAAGUGCAAUUGCUGCUCUGAAUUGUAGUGGUGUGGUGCUGGGAUCCUUACCAAUUAGAGUAAGCCCUUCAAAGACGCCAGUUCGUCCACGUUCGCCUCGUCCAGCAAUACACUGAGUGCUAGCAGGACGGUCAAGCUGAAGAGGCAAGAAUCCAAAUAUACUGUCCUGCAUUCCAGUUGUGGCUGCAGGUCUCCCAGACUAUGUUACCGCUUUAUGUAUCUACUACUCAAUAUACAGAUAAUAUUUAACGAUACCUCUGAUCGGUUUCGUUUAUAGUUUUUCUAUUUCUGGUUUUUCUUUUCUUUCUUUCUUUUUCAUAUUUAGUCUGCGAUCUUUUGUUUUAUGUAGGUUUAAGGAUAUGUAUGUUCUGUUAGUUUCUAGUAUGUAGAGUUGGAAUGGAACUUCGAGGCUUCGAAAGAGUUAAUAUCUAUCAUUUAACAUGAAAACUGUAGCAAAUUGUCUUGUAGGAAGAUGGACCAAAAGCUUAUAUAUGAUUUCGACAGUUUCUAUCCAAA